UGUACAAAAUAACAAGCUUUUUCAAAGUGUUCCCAUCAAUUGCCGAUAUUUCAAACGAAUCCGCAUAAAAAAAGAAAUAUUUGGAUAAAAAAGUUUAAUUUCAAAGAAGAAAAAUGAAGAUUCGUCCAGAAGUGUUAAUUGGUUGGUUCGGUGUCGUUGUGAACAUAUUAUCUUUAAUCGUUUUCGAAGCAACUGGCCUUGCCGAUGACACUAUUGCAGGAACAUUCGUGUACAAUUUGAUAGGCUGCAUCGUUUGGCUUGUAUUAAUUGGAUUAAACUUUCCAUUACUGCUGCUACUUACAUUAUUUUGGUGGGCUGUUCCGUUGUCGCUUUGGGCUAUUUAUGUAUCAUUCGCUUUACAUGGCUUAUUGUCCCGAGAGUGGAGUUAUUCGUAUAGUGUUAGACGAAAUAGUUACUCGUACUUUGGGUCUGCCCUGUUCAUACUUGUUUCGAGUGCAAUUUUUGACUAUUUGGCACUUAAAAUCUUUUUACGGUUGAGAAAAUCAAGUGAAUCAAAUGGACAAAUUAUCUCAUUGAAUCCGUACUAUGCUGCAUCCACACCAGCAUUAAUACCAAAGGCUGAAAACGCUUAAUACCUCAAAGAGCCAAAGUUUUUUUGAAAAAAAAAGAAAGAAGAUUCAUUUCUGUGCAUAAUAAUAAAUGGCAGAUGAUGUAAGAAAAACGAAAUAUACU